UGCUGCUACUACUACGUAAGCCUAUGUCAGUUCAGAAAAUUUUCUCGGCACCACUAUUUAUAGCAAAAUUUGAGACCAACUGCCUGUCUAUUGGUCGACAAUUUGUGACCAAUUGCAGUGCUGAUGAAUGCUGGCCUACCAUUGGCGGCUGGCUGUCGGCCAAUCAAAUGUCAUCACUAGGGUAUAAAUAAAGGCACAUUUUCCGCAAAAUUUGUCAGUUUCACUCGACUACUAGCAGCAGCAACAUGACUGGUCGCGGCAAAGGAGGAAAAGGUCUGGGAAAAGGAGGCGCCAAGCGGCACAGGAAGGUGUUGAGAGACAACAUCCAAGGUAUCACCAAGCCGGCCAUUCGUCGUCUGGCUCGCCGAGGCGGAGUGAAGCGUAUCUCGGGUCUCAUCUACGAAGAGACACGCGGUGUGCUGAAGGUAUUCCUGGAGAACGUGAUUCGUGACGCUGUCACCUACACAGAGCACGCCAAACGCAAGACUGUCACCGCUAUGGAUGUAGUCUACGCGUUGAAACGUCAGGGACGUACACUGUACGGAUUCGGAGGUUAAGCAAGCCAGCCAGCACAACACACUAUUGGACUGCUGCCGCGCACGCGUCUUCACCAUUCACGCUUUACUCCACUACAGCAAAAAGGCCCUUUUCAGGGCCGC